AUGAUGAAACACCAGGAAAUAAUAAACAAAAACCAUGAAGCAUCACUAAAAAGCCUAGAGAGGCAGAUUGGGCAACUCUCCAAGCAAAUUUCUGUUGAGAGACCUUCAAGCUCACUGCCCAGUGACACAAUCCCAAAUCCCAAGGAAGAAUGCAAGGCAAUACAAUUAAGGAGUGGGAGAAUGUUGAUGAGCAACAAUGACACUACAAAGAAACAAACAGAGAGCAUCAAAGAACCAACAGAGGAUGAGAAGCAAACAGAAGCAGAUGAAGCUAAGGAGCAAUUUGUGAUGCCAAACAAAAGCACUGAGAAACUCAAAGAGAAGGACAACCAGCCACAUAGCUCAAGGGAACUGACUCAGAGACAGCAGCAAAUAGGAAAGAGCAUCGCACCUCCACUGCCAUAUCCUCAGAGGUUCAACAAAGAGGUUAAGGACCAGCAUUUCCACAAGAUCCUUGAGACCUUCAAGAAGCUAGAAAUCAAUAUUCCCUUGGCCGAAGCACUUGAGCAAAUGCCUCUGUAUGCCAAAUUUUUGAAGGAGCUUAUCAAUAAGAAAAGAAAUUGGGAUGAGAAGGAAACCGUAUCACUCACUGAGGAAUGCAGGGCCUUGAUUCAAAAAGGGCUUCCUCCCAAGCUUGAGGACCCAGGGAGCUUCCUGUUGCCUUGCACCAUUGGGGAAGUGACCAUCACUAAAGCAAUGUGCGAUCUCGGAGCAAGUAUUAAUUUGAUACCAUCCUCCCUGGUGAAAAAGCUGCAUAUAGAAGAGGUCAAACCAGUACAAAUGUCACUGGAGCUUGUAGAUAAAUCAAUGGUGCACCCUAGGGGUGUAGUUGAAAAUCUGUUGGUCAAGGUGGACAGCUUUAUAUACCCUGCUGACUUUGUGGUUCUAGAGUCAGACGAGGAUGAUAGUGACUCUGUUAUACUAGGAAGGCCAUUCCUAGCCACGGCUAGAGCCAUCAUAGACAUAGAGAAAGGGGAGUUAACUCUCAUCAUAGAUGUAGAGGAAGGGGAAUUAACCCUCAGGAUGCAUGAUCAGAGUGUCACUCUGAAGGUAUUACCAGAGGCACAAUUUAGCAAGGAGAAGAAAGACUAUAUGAAAAUUGACAAGGGAGAAUCACAGUUGAAGGAAGAAAAUGACAAGAAGAGUCAAGGCAACAUCCCAAAGAUAAGAGUUGUGCAGAUUGAUGAAGGAGUCCAAGAGGACAUUGGAGUAUUAGCCACUGAGAAGAAAGGUCCCCAGGUGAAGCCCACGGCCAGAAAAGAAAGAUCAGAAGUCCCCAAGGGAAGCCUACGGCUAGAAAAGAAAGGUCAACAAAAGGAAAGAUGA